UCCCCUCCCCACUGCUCAUACAGACAGACCCUCUCAGACCAUCCAAUCCACCAACACCACACAAUCGCCGCCCGGCCACCCAGCACUCGCCGCUCACCCCACCACCAUCCCCCUAUCCAUGACAUCGCGCUCGAGACCGAAUGGCCGCAGCAGACGGCGGACAGCACCAAUCGACUCAGGGAAGCGCUGGGCGAACGGUGCGGGCGCAUCGGCAGCAGAUGGCUCGGUCGUGUAGAGAAUGAUGCGGCCAUCUCCCAUCCACAGAAAGGCGCGGACGGUCUCGUUGGGUCUGAAGCCGCUCAAUAUCGCACCACGAUAGUUAGUCGCAUCAGCGGCAUACAGAUUGCCUCCGUCCUUGCGAUAGUCCACAGCGAUGCCCUGAUCCUCUGUGAUGGCCGAUGUCAGCAGACGGCCAUAACGAGGGUCACCACGGCCGAUGUCUGCAUAUAGCACCAUCAUCUCAUUCACCCCCUCUUCAUUGCACCACCGCCGUAGUACCAUGUUCAGCAGAUAUGUCGAGAAUGGGGGGAAGAGCCAGUUGUCGACCCAGCGUAUUGCGGGAUCGGUCCGCUUGUAGCCGUCAGCAUAGAGAUGGCCGCCCGGCAGAUUACCAUAUGGCACCACACGAAACGACUCAUUGCCGAUCCGAUAUACCCCGUUGUCAGCUUGCUGCAGCGCCAGGCUGGUCCCUCGGUAUGUGAGCAUGUGGCCGAGCAGUCGAUAAAUGGCCAUGGCGUCGGGCAGCCGGUGGAAGGCCGUCUUGCUGGGAAGGUGGGCCAUCAGCCACUGAGCCGACAGCACCAGGGGCAGCCCAUUGGCAGAUGUCAGCCGAUAAAUGGCGGCCAGCCGGAUGAACCAUCUCAUCAGACGCCACUCGUUGCUGCCCUGCUCCAGCACAUAGGCCACCCGCAGCACGUAGGUGAAUGGCAGAGGGGCGGUGCGGUCGAUGUCGAUGAGGCCGGUGAGCGAGUGGCGGGUGAGAGAGCCGUCGAUGCGCUCCACCAGCAGAGCGGCCGUGAUGAUGGACGUGCCGAUGGUGCCAGAGGUGUUGCGGAGAGCGGCCACAUCAGGCAGCUGCAGGCAUGCCACCACACGCCCACGCCAGACCUCCACCGGCAGCGAGGACGCCAUCAAUCAGUCACCACGAGUCAGUCACCAGAUGCCGACAACCACCGAUGGCCAUCAGCGGCUGAUUGAUGCGAUGGCUCAUCCGCUACAUGACGAACGUCGUGUCUGUCCAUGCCAUGAGGCGUGACGAACGAGAGAUCUGCAGGAACGCAACACACGAAGAUGCCGCUGUUUGAAGCAUGUUUAGGCUUCCUCUGCCUCUCUGACUGUCCUCUUACCCUCACUGAGUGUCUUGAGAGCUGCAGCAGGAUGGAAGGGGUGUUGAGGAAAUGAUGUGUCGGCCCGCAGGUG